ACAACAUACGGAAACCAGUUAGUUCAGAAACCAGUAGGGCUAGAACACCGGAAAAGGGCUUCUAAUAGCCUUCACUGGUCUCCGUCCAGACCAACCGGAUCUAUUGGUCCAUUAUAUAUAUAUAUAUAUAUAUGUAUGUCAAUGGCUCCAUGUUGUCUUAAUGCGCUUUUGAGCACUCUCAUCGGAACGUACGGGGCUUUCCGCCGAACACUGUAUCCAGUUCUCUAAAUACAUCCAUGGUUUCAACCUGGUAUCAACAUGUCUGGCGCUGUCCUGUGUUUCCUGCUCCUCCUGCAGCUCUCUGCCUCUGCAAACCCAGAGGAGUUAACGGUGAAGCCCGAGCAGGACGUUACUCUCGUGUGUCGGGCUCUCUCAGACGUCCCCGUCAUUCUGCUGGAGUGGAACAGACGAGACCUGAAGGACGACGGCUACGUCUUCUUCUACAGGAACCAGCGUGCGUACGAGAACUACCAGCACCCACGUUACCGGGGCCGGGUGGAGCUGAGAGACCCGGAGGUGAGGCACGGAGACGUCUCCGUUGUUCUGAAGGACGUCAGCGUCAACGACACCGGGACGUACGACUGUCGAGUUAUAAUCGACGGGGGCCACGAGAGAAGGCAGCUCAUCAGCCUGACCGUAGCUGACUCCGAUCCCCCAGCUGGACAGGAGGGCAGAAAUCAUGGACUCGUGGUCGGUCUGUCAGUUGCUGCUGGCAUUCUUGUUAUUCUUCUUCUUAUUUCUGUCUCUGUGUAUUAUAUCAUGUAUAAACGGCGUAACGGUCCCAGAGAGAAUCCUUCAUACAAAGCUCCGGCUGCUGAAAGCACCGAGGUGACCUGAGUGCCUGAGUCCUCCGGCUGAAAGAAUCAACCGUUUAGAAAAGACAAAUCUGUUCAAGAACAGUUAAGCUCGUAGAAAUGAUAACACAGUCGUUAACGCGCCCAUAUCAGUUAACACGCUCAUAUCAGCCGUUUGUGAUUUUCUUAAUAUCCCAUCACACCCUUUGACUUCUCAAGCUUCAGCCUCUGAAAACUGGAAUGUGUUCUACUAUCUGCAAUGAUAGCUCACUAAUGGCGCUUUUCCAUUACCAGUACCUACUCGCCUCGCCUCGACUCGCCUUUUUUGGUUUUCCAUUACGAAAAAAAGUACCUGGUACCUGCUAACAGGUACCUUUUUUAGCACCUCCUCAGUCGAGGUUCCAAGCGAGCUGAGGCGAGCCGAGAAGGUGACG